AAACCACAGAUCUUAGUCAAAUAGUUUCAGACACAGCUGGUGGUGAACAUGUCAUGUGAAUUUAGAGAAACUGAGAGAUGAUUGCCGGUGUUCUCCUGCUGUUUGCUGCCAGAGUGUACUCUUCUGACAGUCAAGUCGGAUGUGUACCCAGUCAUGAGGUUGAAUGUAUUACACCAGCUGAUAUUCUAAACGCUUCUGGUCAUGUCAACAUAUACGCUGGUAAAAAGCUCUCCAUUUUCCUGGAAAAUGGGCAUACCUGCCAAUGGACUCAAAGGGAAAUCACUAUAUUAAGGGGCAGCCACAUCCUGAACAUCCAGACACUGUCGGAGGCAGACUCUGGGGAGUACACUCUGCUGUGUCAAACCACAAACAGCACCUUAGCCUCUGUGGCAGUGCAUCUUCAUGUGGUCACAAAACGUCCCACAAAACCAAAGCUGAUCCUAAAUUAUAUCAGCCCUACUUCAUCACCAUGGUUUAAAUGCAUCACUGAUGGUUUCCCAAAACCUUCACUUGAAUGGUCAAGUAAUAAUGUUGGAAAUCAUAUACCCACAAAUGAUGGAAGUGUUCAAAGCAAACUAUCUAGCGCUGUCUAUUUUCAAAAGGUUGCAAUGUGUUGUGCUUCCAACAUAGCUGGACGAGAGUGCAGCCAACUCUAUGAUUUUGAUUUUACAAAAACAAACAGCCUUUAUAAUUUAACCCUGAGCCCUGGACAAUCUUUACUGAUGCGGUGCAGUGCAAGAUAUGACAAAACUUUAGAAUGGCAUAAAGAUAACAAAAAUGUUACAAGUUCAUCAUGCGACCUUAAACACAGCAACAAGACAUGCAUGUUAAAAGAUGAACUUUAUGAUGAUAUCAUGUUGUACUUCUUUAUACCAUCUCUCAACACUGGCGACAGCGGCACGUAUACAUGCAGAAGUGGAAGCCAAAACACAUCAGUUCAUGUUUCAGUUCAGGCUGAAAGCUUUUUAUCGGUUGAUCUGGAGGAGCAAUUGAUCAUAAAAACAGAAAAUAUAAACAGUUCGUGCAUGCAGGCUAAUCUCUUUUACCACCCCUUUCUUCAAAACUGCACAUGGGAGACACCAGAUAAAAUGAAAAAAUGUGAUACAAAUCCAUGGGUUACAAAGCAUAGGAAUGUGAAGCUGUGUGAGCCUAUAAAAACAGGGACGUACAGGAUACAUGUUGAGGCUGGCGGAAUAAAAAAAACUAAGUCCUCAUCAGUGUGCCUUGCUGACACACCUGAUUUAAAGAUUACCAUAGUUAAUGAUAUAUACAUUGCAACUACCAUGAGUGUUGCCCCAGCCAAUUAUUCUUGGAUGUCCUGCUCUAAUGACAGCUGUGAGGCAGAUUCUUCUUGGGAAGUGAUAGCCCAAACCAUAAAAUCAGAUUUGAACGUAUCCUGUAGGAGGUCAAUUAAGAGUUUUUUGAGUAGAGAACUCGUGUCUGGACUUUAUGUGAGGUUUUGUGUCAGUAACUCUCUCGGACAAUGGUGUAAGGUGCGACCCGUGCAUUUUCCGCCUGCAAACAUGGCCUUCACUGGUCGCCCAUAUGAUGAAAACAGUAUGCUUUUGAAAACAGGCAGUGUUACUUUACUACUUGUGCUGACAGUUGUUACCAUUCUUCUGGUUUAUUUUAUCAAAAAGAAGAAUCCAAAGUAUGAGCCUCAACUUCAAAUGAUCCAGAUGGUUGGACCAAAUGACAAUGAUUAUAUCUACAUAAAUUUUAAGGAUUUUGCAUAUGAUUCAAAAUGGGAAUUUCCCAGAGAAAAUUUAGAAUUAGGUAACGAGUUAGGUUCUGGUGCUUUUGGCAUGGUUGUACAGGCUACAGCAUAUGGUAUCAACAAACCGGGGGUUUCACAACAGGUGGCUGUAAAAAUGCUCAAAGAGAAACACCAGGCAGUGGAAAAGGAGGCUCUCAUGUCCGAACUGAAGAUGCUAACUCACAUCGGUCAUCAUGCGAACAUUGUUAAUCUACUGGGGGCUUGCACAGAGACAGGCCCUAUUUACCUGAUUUUCCAGUACUGUUGUUACGGUGAUCUGCUGAAUUACCUAAAGGACAACAGUCAGCGCUACCACAAGUCUGUGACUGAUGCAUUCAUGAAGGACCGCUUCAGUAUCCUGUACCACAACCUGCAGCGAGGCCAACCAGCCAGAGAAAUGCCAAGAACAGUGGACAGUUAUGUGCCAAUGCACAGCGCUACCACCAGAGGGCAGGAGAAUAUUGCCCUGCUGACCCUUAACUCUGCUGAUGACAUGGACUGCUUUGAAGACACAGAUAGUUUUGAGAGCCCAGAUGAGGAUCUGCAAGCCCUAACGUUUGGUGACCUGCUCAGCUUUGCCUAUCAAGUGGCCAAGGGCAUGGAAUUCCUCUCCUCCAAAAAUUGCAUCCAUCGUGACCUGGCAGCUCGAAAUGUGUUGGUCACAAAGGGUCGAAUGGCAAAAAUUGGGGACUUUGGACUGGCACGAGACAUUGACAAUGAUUCAAACUAUGUUGUACGAGGAAACGUGCGCUUGCCUGUGAAAUGGAUGGCUCCAGAGAGUAUUUUCCAAGGAAUGUACACCAUGCAGAGUGAUGUUUGGGCUUAUGGCAUUUUGCUGUGGGAAAUCUUCUCGCUUGGCGUUACUCCAUAUCCCGGAAUGAAGGUGGACCACACUUUCUAUGCCAUGAUUGAGAGAGGAUUUAAAAUGGAGUGUCCGUAUUAUGCCAGUGAAUCUGUAUACAGCAUUAUGUGCAAAUGUUGGGAACUUGAUUCAUGCAACCGGCCAUCCUUCUCCAAGCUGGUAUCUUUUAUGGCUGCCCAGUUGACAGAGAUAGAAGAAAAGCUUUACCACAACAUGCUUGACUCAAACUCGAAUGAUUACCAAAACAUAACCUCUGUCAUGGACAUCACCGCAUUGACCAAACAGACAGAAAACAAAACUGCUAAAACAGGUAAUGAUUACUGCCCAUCCUACAAGGCAGAAGAGAGUGAGGGCAAAGUAUUUAGUACAGACACAGCCGAAGAAGAUGGAAAACUCCUGUAGAUGUGAUGCUAAUGUUAUUUGUUGUAAGGCCUUAAUUUAUGUAUAUGUUUAGAAUGUAUCUUUCCUCUAACUUCUUAAUAAGAACCUCUUGUGAACUCCAAUGCACAAGGCCUAUACCACAGUGUAACACGAUAAUGGUCAUGCAGCUUGUAUAGCUUAUGUAAAACUUGCAAUAAAGUGAUUUAACCCUCA